AUUUAUUGACCUUUCUGUCAUUAUAAUUGCUGGAAAUGAAUCGAAUUUCAUUUAUAACUUUAAAUAGUUUUUGGAUUUCAUUCAUUGUAAUAUUACUCUCAGGAUUUGAAUGCAAAUCAAGACUUGAAAAGAGGGAUAGUAAAUGUGGAAGCACAGUGGAGUUCGUAGAUUGCUCCGAGCAGGAAGAUAGCUUUUUGGUAUUUUCACAACAUAAUCAAAAUAGAAUCAAAGUAAAAUAUACUGUGGGAAAAGAAUGCACUAUUGUAAAUACUGCAUACCAUUGGAGUUUAACCUUUUCCAAUCAAGAACACUUUAUUUUUGAGAAUUUAAAAGAGGAUUUCUUUAUAAUCGAGCCAUACUCACUCAAUCAUACUUUCAAUCCUUAUCACUUACUACUACUAGUUGUUGAGGACUAUAAGGACGACCAUGAACAUGGCGAACUCAUGGCAACAUGUCUCUUUGAAAUAAAAAAAGAUAUACCCAUUCCUAUAAUAAAAGGCGGAUUAGAGUUAACAUGGGAAAAAGGUAAAGAUAUCAUUUUGGAUGGAAGUGAGUCAAUAGACACCGAAUCUCCAGAAAAUUCUCCUGGAGAGCUUUCAUACAAAUGGAGCUGCACGGUAAACAAUGAGGCGUUGUCAAACUUUUGUAAACAAGCUCUAAGAGAAGAUCCAUUAAUAACGAUACCUGCUCAGUACGUUGUUGAAGGUGUAGAAUACUCAGUUAAACUUCAAGUAAAAAGUAGUACAUCUGAUUGGGAAGAAACAAGUCAAAAAAUAUCUGUGUUCACAGGAGCUGUUACUAUAGAAAUCGCUUGUCAACAGAAUUGCCUGCCAAAAGUUCUGGUUACAAAUCGAGAACAUGCAGUUAUUCUUACAGUAGAAUGCAAAAACAAUUGCGACCCUAAACUGGCCACAAAAUACACUUGGACUGUUGACAAAGAUGAUUUUCUUUACAAUAAUUUACGGUAUGGAAGAGAAGGCUCUGUAUUUUUCAUAGAAAAAGAGUCAUUAAAUGUAGCUACAGAUUAUGUAAUAUCUGUAGAGAUGAAAACUGAUCUUGAUGAAUUAAAAGGGAAGUCUGCUGUUAAAAUAAACGUCCAUAAACCACCGACUUUACCCAAAUGUUCUAUUAGCCCUGAGACGGGAAAAUCACUAAAAACACGUUUUAUGGUUAGCUGCACCUAUCCAAAAGGAGCAUAUUCCUUUGAAAUUUACAGUUAUGCAAACGAAAAAGUAGUUCUUUUAGACAGGAGUGUAAGACUUGCAAAUAUCGACAUAAUUUUAUUACCUGCAGGAUCUCAGGUUGAGGUGAAAAUCAUUGAUGCCUAUGGUUUUUCUGGAAUAUUCAUGUUAAGUCCUACUGUGGAAGACUCUAUGACGAAAGUAGAUGAUCCAGAAAAAAUGGAUUUUGAGAUAGGUCAACGAUAUUUUAGAGAAAAUGAUAAAACUUCACUUUUUUCCCUACUACGAUCUCAUCAAUGGGUAUUUCUUUUACAAAAGAUAAAUGUUUUCGCUGACGAAUUGGUGGUAAUAGAUGUAAAGAAUAUGAAAACAUUGGUAACUGAGAUGAGGAUCAAAUGUUUGAAAAUAUUAGACCAAGUUCCUUUAGAUACGCGUGGUAGGAUCAAGCAAGUAACACGUAUUGUAGUAAAAGUUGCUGAUCUUUUACGUACUACUGUUUACAAGAUGGACCCAGAAAUAUCUAUCAGAAGUACAAAUAUAUGUCUAAGAGCAGCAACUAAGACAUAUCAAGAUUUAUUAGAGAAGAGAUAUAUCCAAAGCUAUGUAGAUGAAAUAUCUGACCAUACAUUUAUAUACACUAUAUGUGGUGAAAUAGGACUUGCGAAAAGUGAUAAAAAACUAAAACCUCCGCCACUGCCCGAAUUACCCACAACUCCUUUUCCAUUUCUGACAUUUCCUGUUGUAGUAGAAAAUUACCCAGAUUAUGUGGAUGAUCAGGAAGCUUCGAAAUAUAAAAAACAGUUUGUCGAAAGCAAUGAUAACUCAUUUAAAAUAUGUCGAACCACUACCCAAAUAUUAGUGCUUCCUCUUUCUCCAUAUGAAGAUGCAAGUCACAGUAAUCUUGGCCGUGGAAAAAUGGAUGCCGUAGCAGCAAAGAGAUUUGGACAAGAUUUGCCUAAAUAUCCUAUCGAUUCUAAUUAUAUACAGAUAAUACCUUCUAAUAAAUUUCUUGGCCAAGAGAACGAACCUAUUCAAGUACAGGUUUGUACCAUCAAAUUAAAUCCUUUAUCAGCGUUAAGUAACUUCACAAUCUACACACGUGUUGCAUUUAUAGAAUUUUGGCAGCCUGGCAAGGAACACAUUGCAUAUUACCAAAUUGCUUUUAGAAACUUCACGAUCCCUGACUCUGAUUUUAUUAUACACAACGAUACAACGGAACGACUUACAUGGCGAGCAUUGGAUAAAGACGAAACUCAGUUUAAUAAGUUAAAAAUCUAUAGAAUCGAGGUGUCCAAAAAUACAAAUUUUUUUGUAGAGUUUGUUGAUGCAAAUGAUACUUUAGAGGUUCUUGUUACGAAAUUUUACAAACCUAGUCUCAGAGAAUUUAAAAGCAAUGCCGAACUAGUUAGAAUAGGAGAUAGUCCCAUAUAUGUCAAGGAGACGAUGGGAUUCGACAAUUGGUAUUAUUUAGCAGUAGCGUCGCAUGGCGAUAAAGAGGUUGAUUUCAAAUUCAAGGUGUACUACUUGGCUUGCUAUAAUUGGUAUCCUUCCGACAGAAAGUGGACAGCUGAAUGCUGGGCUGAACCGAGUACGAACGUAAGUUAUUUAGUAUGUAAUUGUUUCAAUGUUUCGUUAGUUGCUGGUACAAUGAUGAACAACAAUGUAAGAAGAGAGUACACAUUAUACAUGGAUCAUAAGUUAGAGGCUCAAGCAUGCUAUAUUAUCUUUGUAUGUGUAUUAUUUAUAUGGAUAUUAUAUUGCACAUUUUUAACAAUAUUUUCGGUAUCACCAAAAUAUGACAAAAUGGGAUUAAAAAGAAUCUAUUUAUUAAGUGACACACCCAGUUUUUAUCAAUUUGGAUAUAUUCUUAUAAUUAAGACUGCUGCUAAAAUUAAUGCUGGUACAACAUCAAAUAUUAUUGUAAAAUUAUAUGGAAGCUUAGCAGAUAGUAAGGAACAUGUCCUAAAUUACCCCGAUCCCGAGAAAAAAAUUCUACAAAAAGGUCAUGAGGACUGGAUUUUUCUGGCUACAGAACAUUAUCUGGGUCAAAUACUAAAAAUUGAAUUGUGGUUUGAUUCGAUUGGAUACAGGCCCUCAUGGUUUUGUGAAGAGAUUGAAAUUAUAGAUAUACAAGAAGACCAAUCUUGGUGGUUUCCAAUACAUUUUAAAUUCGAAAUCAAGGAUGUAGAACAACAUAUUUACUCUGGUGUUCCAACUGAGCCUGAACAUAUGACCAGGCGAAGACUGUUUUUUAAAGAAUUGUCUGCUAGCUUCAGUAGCCCGCAUUCGUGGAAUAUUUUUGAAAAGGAAGAUACGCUUAGUAGAGUGAAAAGAUUAACCAUAUUAUUAUCCAUAUUUCUAACUACCUUUAUGAUGGUUUUGUUAUUUUAUCUCGUACCAAGCUUCAAACCAAAGGAUAGCUUAGAUUAUUAUGAGUAUAAACUGUAUCCUGAAGUAUUUGGAUAUGCUGCACUUGGUUCAAUAAUAAGUUUUUUAAUCCAUUGUCCAUUGGUAAUCCUUUUUAGGUUUUUGGAUAAACAUAAUUUAUACGUAACUCAUUCUGAAAAGACAGCAGAAAAUAUGCCCUUUUACAACGUAGCUUGCUGGUGCGCAUUGGGUUUUUUUAUUUGUGUGACGACGACAAUAAACAUAAUAUUUGGAAUACGUGUUCCACACGUCACAAGUUUACUCUGGUUAACUUCCACAAUAACAAGUUUAAUAGUUUAUUGUUUGUUAUUGGAACGUAUUGGCAGAAUAAUAAUCAAUUUAACAAAAAGUAGAAGUACUAGGAUAAAAAAUAUUUUAAAUAAAAAGGAUGAAAUUUUGGAAUAUAUUGAAACCCAGAGAAUUAUGAUUUAUAGCAAGUAUGGACGAUUAUCUUUAAGACCAUAUUUUAACAAAGUUUAUCAAGUACUGGACAAUGAUUGGGUGAAGGAACUUAAAUAUUUGGCAACGAGGCGACAAGACGUAUUAGUUAUUUUAGAAGAUUUGUUGAUGAUUGGUAUUUAUGUGGUUUUACUGUAUAUUAUAAUAGCAAAAGAUAAAGACCCGAUGACGAUAAACAGUAAUAAAGAAGUUUUUGAUAUAAUUCAAGGAGUUCAUACCAGGACAGGCGUAACGCACAUACACAACAUAAAAGAUAUAGAGAACUACAUACGAAACACUCUUCUUCAAUCACUACAAUCAAGGCAGUGGUACGGAAUGUAUAUAUACGAGGAUCCUGGGAUGACGAUAGACAACACAAACAAAUACAUUGGUAUUGUUCGGCUAAGACAAAAAAGAGUGGAUCCCAGAGGAUGUAAAGUUGUAUCACAGAUGAAUGUUUUUCGUAAUAAUUGUAUCCCUGAAUUCUCGAUGAAGUCUGAUUACCGAGACUUUAGUGAAAACUGGAAAAAUAACUCAGAGUCGGACGUGUUUGCACGAAUGGAUUCUGUAUGGAAAUAUCUACAACCAAAGAAAACUGGGAGUUCAUAUUAUGUGGGAGAUUUUGCUAGAUAUUCAGGAGGAGGUUAUGUCGCUACAUUGGGAAGAACUCUAAGGAAUUCUAUUAUUAAUACUGACUAUCUCUCACGAAAUAAGUGGAUUGAUAAAUUUACUAAGGGCCUGUUUAUUGAAUUUCUUUUAUAUAGUGCAAACUCAAAUCUAUUUAAUUCAGUUCAAAUUUUAUAUGAAAUUAGUAGCACUGGAUAUAUCCAACACAAAUUUAUGGUUCGAACGGCAAGGCUAUUAUUAAGCAAAAAAGAUACUGGUGUUUGGCUGAGAAUAUUAUUUUUCUUUUUUAUAAUAGCCGUGAUUGUCUUUUUCGUGAAAUUAAUACAUAGAUUCAAAUCAAAAAAGAAGAAAGCAAUUGGAGAUAUUUGGCUCUUGACUGAUGUCGUAAUAAUAAUACUAACUGCUGUUUGUUUCGUUUUGUAUAUUCUGAGAUCUCAAGCAGUAAAAUCAUUUUUGCUGAAAAUCGAACUAACCAGACACAAUAGAUUUAUACAAUAUUUUCAUUUAUUUAACUCUGAAGUUGCUUUAACUUCAUUAGCUGCUUUCUUGGUAUUCUUAGCAACAUUCAGAGUAUGGAAGUUACUGCGGUUUUUGAUAAUUAUAAAAAUCGUCGAGAAAACAUUAGCGAUUUCAGCAUUUCAUUUGUUUUGUCUUUUUAUUCUUCAUUUUCACUUGCUAGUAGUCUUUACACUCGCCGCUUAUAUGCUCUUUGCAAAUCAAACAUCCGACUUUAAAGAUCCUUUCACUUCAUUCGUAAAUUUAUUCUUGGCAUCUUUCGGACUCUUUAGAUUCAAUACGAGUAUCUUUACAUCUGGUCUACAUUAUAUGUACUAUAUUUUGUUAAUGGUCUUCAAUCUGGUGUUCGUUAAUCUCUAUAUCGUCCUCGUAAAUAUUUACUACGGGCAAGCACAAAUGAUUUACUCAAACUAUCAAGAAUAUAACGUUUUUGAUUAUAUCAAGGAACAGUGGACGUAUUUAAAACUGCUGAAGCAUAUUAAAGUAAAACGAGUUCGUCGAAAAAGAGAUCCAGAAAAAAACAUUGAAGAACGGAAGUUUGUGUCUCCAAAAGCAGAUGAACAUCGAUAUGCUAAGGGUGUGACUGUUGAAGAAAUUAAAAUGGUUCAAAUGAAAUUAAUUGCUUUGUGCUGCUUAAGAAAUAUGCAUCCCAAUGAAGGAUUAUCAGAGUCAGAUAUAUUACUUCUAAAACGCACCACAGCUGCUUUGCUCCUUAAAAAUGAAGAUAUGGAAAAACCAGAUUUUUUCUUUGUAAAUUAUACAGAGGAUUCUAAUACCUUGGUAGAUGAUUUAAAAUUUCAAAGAAUGGAAAGCAUUUUGAAUAAUUUAUUUGGUGAAAAAUCUACUGUUUAUGAAACUGUUAUAAAUAAUAAUGAUAUAUUAUUAAAUAGAAUUUUAAAUAGCCUUAAUGAUGUUUCAAGAGCUUUAGAUUCUAUUAUUAUUGACACAACAUAA